AUGCCAGCAAUCAGAGCUCCAGCGUGGCCUUCCUCGCUCGAUAACGUCUCCACACAGACUUCCGACGACCAGCUCGAAACCGAAGAAGCCAUCAAUGCUCUCUUCUCACUGCUGAGACCUUCUCGUUAUGACUUUUCCAAGGACGCUUCCUCUACCACGCCAGACUCAGCCAUCGCCAACCCAUGGCUAUCUGCAGCAGAGCAGGAUCAGAAGCGCGAACAAGCAGCUGCUGACAAGAAGCCCACACCAAAGCCAUCCCUUUUGCUGGACCGACAAGCACACAUCAACUUCCUGACCAAGCUCCUCGAACCCCUUCCUGGCGCCUACACCGCCUUCGACACCAACCGAUCAUGGCUGCUCUACUGGAUCCUGCACUCGUAUGACCUUCUCUCGGUCUCUCUCGAUUCCAAGGGGCGGGCGAGAGCAAUUGCUACCCUUCUUUCUUUCCAGAACACAGCAACAGGCGGAUUCGGAGGUGGACCCGACCAGAUAGCGCAUCUCAUGGCCACAUAUGCCGCCGUAUCAGCGCUAGCUAUCGUUGGUGGACCCGGUCCCGCCCCGACACCAGAAGACGUGGCCGCGGGCAAGUCAGUUGAGGUGGGCAAGGGAGGAUGGGACGCAAUUGACCGAAAGAAGAUGUACGAGUGGAUUAUGAACCUCAAGCAACCUGACGGAAGCUUCUUGGUCCAUGUUAACGGCGAGGUGGACGUAAGAGCUGGCUACUGUGUCGUCUGUAUCGCAACGAUGCUAGCUAUCUCAACACAAGAGCUUCUUAGUGGAACGUCAAGCUUCAUCGCUAGCUGUCAGACGUACGAGGGCGGAAUCGCAGCUGCUAGUCAACCGACCUAUCAGCAAGACACAAAUACCGGCGACGUCUCUUUGAUCUCACAAGAGGUUCCCCGACCACCGCUUGGAGAAGCACACGGUGGCUACACUUACUGUGCUGCUGCAAGCUAUCUCGCUCUUUCUUUGCUUGAGCCAUCUGCAGCCACAACUUCGGCAUCGCCGCCGAGCACUUGGCUCAACAGAGACGCACUGAUCCGAUGGGCAACUGCUCAACAAGGCAUUCCAUUUGAAGGUUGCGGUUUCCGCGGACGCACUAAUAAGCUCGUCGAUGGCUGCUAUGGCUGGUUCUCCGGUGGUGGUCUCUUCACUGUGCUUUCUGCCAUGAUCGAGGCUGAAUUGAUUGGUGAUAAGCUUCACUCUUCCACUGCUCCUUCACCGGCGAGCGGCGCAGAGGAUUGGAAUGGGAUGCUCACUGUCCCUCCCAUACCUCCGAUGUAUGCCCCUGCAAGUAACCAAGAUGAAUCAUCAUCAUGGAAGACUGAAUCAACUAUCAAAAGCGACGACGGAGCAGACGACGGAGCAGACGACCUUUCACCGCUCACACUCUUCGACCGUGUCGGAUUGCAAGAAUACAUCCUUGUCGCAGCACAGCGUAGCGCAGCUGAAGGCGGAGGACUGCGUGAUAAACCGGGCAAACGACCAGAUGCAUACCACACUUGCUACAACCUCGCUGGUCUUGCUCUCUCGCAGCAUUCAGUGAGACUUAGCACCGAGACAGCCAAGUUCUUGCAUCAGAACUUCAAAGGCGAAGACGACUGGGCGAGAAUGACAUACUCCACCAUGCUGGCGUGGACUUUAUCAGCGAGGGAUGAGGUUGUGGUGGAGGCGAAGGAGGCAGCUGAAGGCAAGAGCAACAAGCUCAACCCUGCUCAUCCAGUGUUCAACAUUACUUUUCCCAAGGCAAAGGGUAUCAUGGACUGGGCCUACGGUCAGUAA